AUGAUCUCCAACACUUCUUCCGGCGCUAGGACUGGCCUACCUGUGGCUAAUGCAACACUGCCGUUCUGGCGGACUGAGCUCCAUGAGUUGGAUUCCUUUCGAUCAUCGGAGGCGCUUCCUUCAGAAUGUGAUAUACUCGUGAUGGGCGCCGGUUAUGCUGGAGUCAGUACCUUAUACCAUCUUCUCGAUUCCAGCGAUGCCCCGGAUCCGUCCAAGAUAGUCCUUCUCGAAGCACGCGAGGCUUGCUCAGGAGCGUCUGGGCGCAAUGGCGGUCAUAUCAAGCCUGAUGUGUAUUACAAUAUCCUGAAGUACACCAAGAAAUAUGGAGCAGAUAACGCGGCCGCUUUUGCUCGCUUUGAGGCAUCGAAUGUGCUCGCGGUAAAGGAGUUGGUAGAACGAGAGAGUAUCGACUGUAACUUCGUGCUGACGAGAGCUAUUGAUGUGUAUCUGGACGAGGCACAUGCCAAAUCAACACAUGCUGCGUAUCAGGAGUUACGAAGAGUUGGAGCCGCUGACCUUGGAGAUGUCCAUUAUGUGCAAGGUCCAGAUGCGGAAGCCAUAUCGGGAGUAAAGGAUGCGAAGUGCUGCUUCUCUUUCACUGCAGCUCAUCUAUGGCCCUACAAACUCGUCAUGAGUCUGCUCUCCAAGAUUGUGGCCAAAGGUGUCAAUCUGCAAACUAACACCCCGGUCACAUCUGUCUCGUCAGAAACGGACUCAGCAGGACACUGGACAGUCACGACCCCGCGCGGCUCGAUACUGGCAAAGAAGAUCAUCUUCGCGACAAAUGGCUAUACUGCAGCCAUCGCCCCACAAUUCGAGCAUAAAAUCGUCCCCGUCCGCGGAAUAUGUAGCCGUAUUAUUCCCACGGCGCCGGAAAACACUUCUCGUCUAGUGCACACCUACUCUCUUCGCUACGGUCCUGCCUUAUACGACUACAUGAUUUCACGCUUGGACAAGUCGAUAGUCAUUGGCGGAGCGAAACAACCUUUCUGGCACGACAAGUCACAUUGGUACGGAGUGACAGAUGACAGCAAACUUAUUGAGCCCGCUACCACAUACUUCGACGGGCUGAUGCAACGCCACUUCAGCGGCUGGGAGGAUUCUGGUGCCUGCACAGACAAGGUCUGGAGCGGCAUCAUGGGGUGGACAUCUGACUUCAUGCCAUAUAUUGGCGAAGUGCCCGGAAAGAAGUCUCAGUAUAUCGCAGCGGGCUUCAGUGGACAUGGCAUGCCUUUGAUACAUUUGGCUUCGAAGUCUUUGGCUGAGAUCAUCAGGGGAGAGAAGACAUUUGAGGAGACAGAAUUGCCGGCUGUGUUCAAGCCUACUAUAGAGAGGCUGCAAAGCACCAAGAAUGAAAUUCUUGGUGUAUAG